CCGUGCGAUCCAAAAUGGCAACUGACAGAAAAGUCAACCUGUAAUUUAUGUGUGCGAAUGAAAUACGGUCAACUUGGUGUUUACUUUACGCACGACGGAAGUUGAAGCUUCCUGCUCUAACAGUAGUAGCAGUAGUGGUGAUGUUAAGUCUAAUUGUGUGCAUAUCGUAAAAUUCAAUGCAAGCUCAGGGUUGCUAACGUAGCGGUAAAUCACUAGGGCAAAGUUUUCAACAAGAACAUGGCGGACCUAAAAAUUAGUUACGUGUGAUAAAAAGACGAGAAAAACUCGUGAAAUUCGGUUCUUAUCGCGUCCAAUUUGUUUACCUAUCGCGUAUAAUCCGACUCGACAAUGGGAGACAACGUGAAUAGUGCGGACGAAUGCACGAUCAAGGUGAUGUGCAGGGUGCGUCCUCACAAUGCCUCCGAGGAAAAGAUCGGCAGCAAAAUGAUCUUCAAGUUUCCGCCGAAAACGGAAGAUACGUGUACCCUCGCGGGAAGGGUCUACCAGUUUGAUAAAGUGCUGCAGCCUAACAUAACACAGGAAGCCGUGUAUAAUAUCACUGCUGCCGCCAUCGUCAAAGGUAAUCGUGCUGACGCCUAG